GAUGAGACAGGAAGUUGACAUGUCACGGCUGCAGCAUUGUUUUUUAACACACUGAAUAAACACACAUUGGCGUCGUGAAUUCACGAAUACUGCUGGGAGAGCAGUGGCACCUGUCAAGAGGUGGAAUAUAUUAGGCUGCAAGUGAACAGUCAGUUCUUGAAUUUCAUGUGUUGGAAGCAGGAAAAAUGGACAAGCGUAAGGAUCUGAGCAACUUUGACAAGGGCCAAAUUGUGAUGGCUAGACGACUGAGACAGAGCAUCUCCAAAAUGGCAGGUCUUGUGGGACGUUCCCGUGUUCCCGGUAUGCAGUGGUUAGUACCUACCAAAAGUGGUCCAAGGAAAGACAACUGGUGAACCGGCGACAGGGUCAUGGGCGCCCAAGGCUCAUUAAUGCGCAUAGGGAGCGAAGGCUAGCCUGUCUGGUCCAAAACCACAAAAGAGCUACUGUAGCACAGAUUGCUGAAAAACGUAAUGCUGGCCAUGAUUGAAAGGUACCAGAACACACAGUGCAUUGCAGCUUGCUGCGUAGCCGCAGACCGGCCAGAGUGCCCAUGGUGACCCCUGUCCACUGCCGAAAGCGCCUACAAUGGGCACGUGAGCAUCAGAACUGGACCAUGGAGCAAUGGAAGUAUGUGGUCUGGUCUGAUGAAUCACAUUUUCUUUUAGAUCAUGUGGACGGCUGGGUGUGUGAGAGUUGUUUACCUGGGGAUGAGAUGGGAGCUUCCACCAUGGGAAGAAGGCAGGCCGAUGGAGGCAGUGUGAUGCUCUGGGCAAUGUUCUGCUGGGAAACCUUGGGUCCUGGCAUUCAUGUGGUUGUUACUUUGACACGUACCACCUACCUAAAGAUUAUUGCAGACCAUGUUCAUAGCAACGGUAUUCCCUGAUGGCAGUGGCCUCUUUUAGCAGGAUAAUGCGCCCUGCCACACUGCAAAAAUUGUUCAGAAUGGUUGGAGGAACAUGACAAAGAGUUCAGGGUGUUGACUUUGCCUCCAAAUUCCCCAGAUCUCAAUUUGAUUGAGCAUCUAUGGGAUGUGCUGGACCAACAAGUCCAAUCCAUGGAGGCCCCAACUCACAACUUACCAGACGUAAAGGAUCUGCUGCUAACAUCUUGGUGCCAGAUACCACAGGACACCUUCAGAGGUCUUGUGGAGUCCAUGCCUCGACAGGUCAGAGUGGUUUUGUCGGCACGAGGGGGACCUACACGAUAUUAGUAUGUUACCGACAAGCUCCCCGGCGUUCCAUCGCAAUGGCAGCUUGAAUGAGCGGGAUGCAGCACGCCACACCGCCGGCGCCAAGCGCUACAAGUACCUGCGGCGGCUCUUGCAUUUCAGACAGAUGGAUUUUGAGUUUGCUGUAUGGCAGAUGCUCUAUCUGUUCACAUCACCACAAAAAGUGUACCGCAACUUCCACUACCGCAAACAGACUAAAGACCAGUGGGCCCGAGAUGAUCCUGCUUUCCUGGUGCUGCUCAGCAUUUGGCUGUGUGUGUCAACGGUGGGCUUUGGUCUGGUUCUAGAAAUGGGUUUUGUAGAGACAUUGAAGCUUUUGCUCUGGGUCGUUUUCAUCGACUGUAUCGGAGUCGGGCUGCUUGUAUCCACGCUCAUUUGGUUUGUCACAAAUAAAUACCUUAUGAAACACCCCAGCAGAGAUUAUGAUGUGGAGUGGGGCUAUGCUUUUGAUGUCCAUCUAAAUGCUUUCUACCCCCUUCUGGUCAUUCUGCACUUUUUACAGCUCUUUUUCAUCAACCAUGUUGUGGUUAUAAGUGCAGACUGGUUCCUGGGUUAUUUUGUGGGGAACACCUUGUGGCUUAUUGCCAUCGGUUACUAUAUUUACAUCACAUUCCUGGGCUACAGUGCACUUCCCUUCUUAAAGAACACAGUGGUGCUUCUGUACCCUUUUGCUUUGCUUGGACUCCUGUAUGUUCUGUCAAUCUCGCUUGGCUGGAACUUCACUAAAGGCCUCUGCUGGUUCUAUAAGCACAGAGUCCAAUAGAGGGCGCUGAAGGGACAUUGGCAAAACAUUGUUCAGUCACUUUUUGGACUAUCUGACUUUUUUAUCAUCUAUAAAUAACAUUUUGGUUGUAGAUAAAGACGAGAGGAAAGGACUUUGAAUUGUUUAUGGUGUCAAACAGAUGUUCUUUUUCAUAAUUUGAUACUCAAACCUAAUUUAAUAUUGUGAAGUGGUUCUUGAAAAAUCAAACAUGGGUUGAAGUGCAUAAUAUCUGCUAUGAGAAUUGCUCGUUUUAUUUGUCAGAACAUGUACAAUAAAGUUAUUUUUAAAGAAAAUAAUUUGUUUUGCGUUCAGUAUCAGAUCUUGUCAUUUAGAGUAUAAAGUGAUGUGUUGUGGACAUCUGAUAAAUGACAUGUUUACAUUUGACUAAAAUAUUAUCUUAACAUACUGUAUAUUGCAAGCAAAUAAUGGAAUGAUUUGUCACUAUACUCAUAAGAUUAUUUUCCUCCUGAAGUCUAUAAAUUUAUAUUGUUGGUGGUAACCCUGCCCACACAUUGGCAGAGGACAAUUAUAAGUUGGUUACAUGCAAUUUCAGACAAGUAGUUAAACUAAAAAUUCCUGUGGGAUGUUUGUGGAUAGUAUAA